AACUUUUUUCUUUCUUUGAUUUACAUGGCUACAACUGCCGAUUCUACUUCCGGUGGGUUGUCAGUCGAUGGCCUGAAUAGUCCACAUCAACUUGGUCGGAAGAAUUUAUCAUCCCCAUGGGCGCAUGUUGUUCGCGGUGAAUCCGAAGCUGUACCCGCAGCUCCUUCUCCGUCGUCUUUGCCACAUACGGUGGCUGCUGCACCGGAAGAAAUCACUCAAUCUGAUUUCUUGUUUGCGAAGUCUUCUCAUAAUAAUUCUGGAGUAGAGGGUCAGUCGGAUAACUAUGAUAAUAUUGAUAACAAUAAUAAUGCUGGUACGACGAAGAAACCGGCUUGGAAUAAACCUUCCAAUGGCGUUGUAGAGGUGAGUCCUGUUAUGGGAGCUGUUUCUUGGCCUGCUCUCUCUGAGUCAACAAGGGCUUCGCCAAAAUCGUCAUCUGAUUCAUUGAAGGCUCUCUCCGAUGGAUCCGCUACCAUUUCUCAGGUUCCUGUGAUUCCAUCUUCUCCGCAAAAACAAUCUACUAGUAAUGCAAACCCUAAUCCAAAUCCAAACCGCCAGAAAUCAAUGAAACGUGGCGGUGGUGGGAUUAUUUCUGCUAAUGGCAGUUUCACUCAGCCGCCACUGUCGUCUCCGCCACAACCUGGAGAAAUGCCGCGGAGCAACUCCGGUAAACAGGCAUCACAGGCAUCGGUGAUUCCGGAUGUUUCCCCAAUAGAAACUCCACACAAGAGCAAUUGGGAAACUGGACCAAGGGGAGGGUUUGGGUCACAUCCCCACAGUAGCGAUCAUCCGCAGCAGCGUGGUUCUUCAUUCAGGAGGGGCAAUGGUGGCCCCCAUCCGCGUGGAGAUGGUCCUUACCACAACAACAACUUUGGAGGCAGGAGAGAUCAAGACCAGUGGAAUCCUCAUCGAAGUUUUAACGGUAGAGAUGUCCACAUGCAGCAGCAGAGAGUUCCAAGGGCGGCCUUUGUAAGACCUCCUCCUAGUUCUGCCCCAUUUAUUACUCCCCCACCAGUUCGACCAUUUGGGAAUCCAAUGGGUUUCCCUGAUAUGACAUCUCCAGUGUAUUAUGUUCCUGCACCGCAUCCGGAUUCCCUUAGGGGUGUUCCAUUCAUCGCACAUGCGCCACCUCCUGCAAUAUAUUUCCCUGCACCAGACCCUCAGUUGCGUGAUAUGCUUGUGAAACAGAUAGAAUAUUAUUUCAGUGCCGAGAACUUAUGUAAAGACAUUUUCUUGCGACAGAAUAUGGAUGAGCAGGGUUGGGUUGCUGUUUCUUUAAUAGCCGGCUUCAACCGAGUUAAGUUGUUAACAAACAGUAUCCCAUUUAUAUUGGAUGCAGUUCGAAGUUCAACUGUCGUGGAAGUACAGGGUGACAGAAUAAGGAAGCGUAACGACUGGAUGAAUUGGCUACUGCAACCAUCUAGUUAGUUUGCCACCGCAUCAAGUCCACCAUCCCCAGGGGUAUCUAGUUUUGAUAUGCUAAGUUGAAUCCAGAGUGUUUAAAGACUGGAGAAAGGGAAGGCUAGUAACCACAAUGGUACAAAAAAAGUCUUGUAGAAGCGCGCACAGAGUUCUAGGUAGAUCAUCAUCUGGGGAGUUGAAUAAUCAAUCAACAAUGUCUGGUGGGGAGGAAAAGUACAAACAUGGUCCAAACAGGUUCUGAUCGAUCAUUGAUGGUGAGAAGUUCUAGCAAGGGCGAGUUAUGCUAGGGCCCGUCUAUUUUAUUUUUUCUUUUUGAUGACUGGAAGUUGCUGACUGCCAUUGGGAGGGGUGAGUAAGGCUUUCAUUGGGUCUUCUCACACACUAUGGUCUUUGUCAAAGAAUGGCAGAGAGUUGAAGAGGCAAAAAACAGGAAAAGGGGGGUAAAAAAGAGUGAAAAAAGAGGGG